GGGGGAACCAUCAUAUACAGUUCCAUUGCCAGCGAUGGAGCAUGUGGCAUUGCUGCUGUGCAUUUCAGUCCUGCAAGUUCUGACGGCUGCAAAAGUUAUUGUGGCGCUUGGCCGGUACGCCCCUCGAGCAUUGAAAAAAAAACAACGACUUGCACAAGUGCUUGGCAAUGGAUAGCCGGCUGGUUGAGGAACAGCGGGAGCAACCAAAAAGUCAUCCAAAAAUUUCAUGAAAUGCAGUGCCGCAUGCUGGUCAAGACUUUGCAAGUGAUAAUGGCUAUGGCUUGUGCACGUUUCGUGUUUGCACAGACACAUCUGGUGGCCGGGGAGCAACCUCCAGUACCAACUCUGGAUAUUGCUCUUAUCGUGGUCGACGCUAUUGCUCUUAUCCUGACACAAUUUGAGGGGCUCAUUACACCUCGAUGCCUUGACCUCUGGUACAUUCUUCUUCAGGGCUUAAUGAUCAGCCCAUUUUUUUUCGUGCUUCCUCGAGAUGUGAUAACGCUAUCGAAUUGGACAUUUGUUUUGAGAGUGAUGCUGGCCUUGUCGGCCAGACAUGUAUUUCUUGCGGUUUUGGGAAACGCAACAGCGUCAAUUCUGGUGAUGCGCUUAAUCGGUUUCGACUCCAGGAGUGCUCUUUUCACAGGUGAAAUUACGAAGCUGACUUUUCUACUGCUAUUUGUAUUCUCCAUCCGCCAGCUCAUUUUCCGAGAUGCCAAAGCGACAGUGGAAUUGAAAAGUAGAAGCAUUGAACUUGAAGCUGUUUCAUGCCUGCUACGUGGUUUUUGUGAUGCUGUCGUGGAAGUUGACGAACAGCUCCGAAUUGUUGAGAAUUCACAACAGCUUUUGACAAUGCUCCUCAGAUCGAGCCACAGCACGGACUUGGCAGGGCGGAACUUCCUGAGCCUCUUUUGCUCAGAUGACAAACCCAAGGUGAGCGACUGCCUUACCAGUGUCAGCACCAGUCACACGCAUGCGCUCAAUGCACGUAUUUUGGAUGGUGAUGGGAACAGCGUGAAGGUAGAGCUCUUGCACAUACGAUUCCUAACUGCAGAAGACUGCGUUCACAGACUGGUUGGUGUCCGCGAGUUUCAAGACGUACAAGAUGUGGUUGGUGCUUUUGGCGCUUGUGAGCUUCAAGAGAAUUUGCGUGGGACUUCUGAUUCAGUUCCAGCCUAUGCUGCGAACGUUGAAUCGGCAGAAGCUUGUUCGGUGCAGCACUUUCGUAUUGUGGGAGCAGAUUAGUUGCCCUUCAGGGCAAUAGUCAGUCAGAGAAUACUUGGUUGUGAAUGAGUGCAAGUCUCGGUUGCAUCAGGCAUGGGAUCGUAGCAACUUCCUUCCUCAAGAUUUGCACACAUGUCUUUGAUGACAUGUUUUCUAUUCCCUCAGAAGGUACUCUUGGACUACUCUCCACCCUAUCAUCAAGCAUGAGCAAGGAAGUCCGACAUCGUUUUGUGACCAGUCUUUCGACAAAGAUGCGCCUGCAAAAUUGGCACAGUCGUUCCCCUUCAGAGUUUGGUGUCACAGACCCUCCGUAGUGGUCGAAGGAAUGGACUUGUUGGACUAGCUUCCCACAAUUCAAGUUUACUUGAGAUAUCAAGGUCGACCGAGAACAUGUCCUAGUUCAGGGGGUCUUUGCUGCAGUGUACAUAAUUGUUCAGCCCGAACCAAGCAG